AUGCGUCGGAUUCUAGAAAAUUUUCUUGUGAUCUGGCUUGAUGCCAAUUUCGAUGAAUACAAAGAUGAUUAUAAAAAAGCAAUACAACAUCUACGACAUAAUGUAGGAACGAUCACAACAUUUACAGAUGCUGACCAAUGUGUUGAUUUUCUCAGUGAUAUUAAAGACGAAAAAGUAUUCAUGAUUGUGUCUGGUGCCCUCGGACCAUAUAUAAUACCAGAAAUCCAAGCAUUUUCACAAUUGGACUGCGUAUAUGUUUUCGGUGAACAUCAAUCAAUUCAUGAGCAAUGGGCAAGAAAAAUACCUAAGGUUAAAGGUAUUUACACACAAAUCGAACCGAUUUGUAAAGCAUUAAAAUUCAAUCGGGAGCAUUGUGAUCGAUCUAUGAUCUCGAUCAGUUUCAAUGGUGUUGAUGCCUUGUUUAUGUAUACGCAAUUAUUAAAGGAAACACUCUUAGAAAUUGAAGAUGAUGACACAAAAUCUAUUAAAGAACUAGUUGAUUAUUGUCGACUUCAAAGUGAUGCUUCUGAAAUUACACUUAAAAACCUCGAACAAGGAUAUCGUCACCAUACAGCUAUUUGGUGCAUGGGCGAUUAUUCAAAAGCACUUACAUCGUACGAGCGAUCACUGGAAAUCCGAAAAAUAGCUCUCCCUCCAAAUCAUCCGGACUUGGCUGCUUCCUAUCUCAACAUUGGUUCGGUCUAUUAUAGCAUGGGCGAGUAUUCAGAAGCACUUUCAUCAUACGAGCGAUCACUUGAAAUUCAGAAAACAACUCUCCCCCAGAAUCAUCCAGAUUUGGCUGCUUCUCACAACAACAUCGGCAAUGUGUAUGACAACAUGGGCGAGCACUCGAAAGCACUUUCAUCGUACGAACGAUCACUUGAAAUCCAGAAAAUAGUUCUUCCUCCAAAUCAUCCCAGCUUGGCUACUUCCUACAACAACAUUGGUUUGGUGUAUAGAAAAAUGGACGAGUACUCGAAAGCACUUUCAUCGUACGAACGAUCGCUUGAAAUUCGUGAAAAAGCUCUCCCUCCGAAUCACCCGGACUUCGCCCAAUCCUACAACAACAUUGGUUUGGUGUAUAGAAAAAUGGGCGAGUACUCGAAAGCACUUUCAUCAUACAAACGAUCACUUGAAAUCAGGGAGAAAGCUCUUCCUCCGAAUCAUCCCGACUUAGCUGCUUCCUAUCUCAACAUUGGUUCGAUAAUGAGUAUUAACAAUAAUAUUGUCACAGCUGCUUGUGUCUUUUUUAAAGCUCCUAUUCGUCGUGGUAGUCUAACAACAUCAUCAGAACGUCGUCAAGAUUCGUCAUCAUCAUCUGAUGAUGAAAAUCAACCAUCAGCAUCAACAUUUUGUUCUUCACAAACAAUUAAAAAAAGACCAAUAACAACAAAUAGUAAUCAUUCAUCAAAUAAACGUAAACGUCAUCAACAACAUAUUGAAAAUGAUAAUGAUACAAAUGAUUCAAUUACGAAAGAAAAUUUUCUUGAUGUUAAAUUUAAAUCUCAUAGACAAGCACAAGGCCCAAAAGUUAUGGGUGCAACAGCUACAAUUGAAAUUGAUACUGAUAAACAACAUGAUCAACAAUCUAUUUGUGAACGUGCGAAGAAAAUUAAUAAACAAUUACAAGGAAAAGCAGAUGAUAAAAUUUAUCGUUGUAUUAAUAAUUAUCAACAAUUUUCUGAGAACAAAGAUACUACACAACGAAAUACCAGUAGGAGUCGUGUUCGAAAUAAAGGUCCAAUUCGUGCACCAGCUAAUAUUCUUCGAUUGUUACUGUUUGUUUCAAGUUAUUGUGUUUUUGGUGAUAGCUGUAAAUUUUUACAUGGUCGUUCUGAUUAUAAACAUGGAUGGCAAAUCGAGCGAGAAUGGAAUGAACAAUCUUAUGGAGCCGUCGAUGAUGACAGUAAACGAUAUUAUGUUAGAGAUAAAUAUGAUAGUCAUACAAAUCGUUUUCACCGUUCUCGUCAUCAUCAUGCAACUGAAUCAGAUGAAGAAGGGUUCUGA